AUUCAACCGCGAUAAGAUAACCGUCCAUCCAUCCGCUUGAGAACUUAGAUUUAAUACUUUAUCAGUAAAGUUUCAGAUGAUUAAAUAUACUAAAUAUUUGUGAUAUGCAACGUUCAAAAUAAUAAAACAAAGAAAAUAGUGAAGUUGUGUUGAAAGUCUCCAUUGAGAAUUGCUGCACGUGUAAACAACUACAAAUCUAAGGAUGCGUUCACGCCUAUUUCUACUCGAGCAGUGAAGCACCGUAGGAAAUACUGGAGUUCCUUGGGUCACCUGGAAAAUGAAAGAUUUCUUUUUUGUCUUCUUUGAUGCUGUUAGCUUACCAGAUAAAAUAAGUCACAAAAUUAUAUCCACCCUGGAUGUUCUAUCAACGUCUUGAUCACUUUUGCAGUUCAGUAUGUCAGUUUUAGAGGAGCGAAAAUCGACUAAACGGAAACCACUUUCUCCUCCUAUUCCUUUCUUUGGAUCAUCAUAAUUCUGGAAAAGCAUUUGAGUGUAGAUAUUUAAGAAAGAGCCAUGCUGCACAACAAUGAUUGGAGGAAUGCCAUUCCAAGACAUCGGUUACGUCGGGAUGGAAGCAACUACAGUGAUUCGAGUUCGACUACCGCUAGCUUUAGUUGGCUGGUCACUGCAGGAGUAUUCGUUAUUCAUUUAACAGUACCGACAUUUUUUUCCUCUUACGGUGUGUUUCUUUUACAUCUUGUAGAGAAGAAUUAUUUUUUAAUUUGGUACGGAUUAUUACCACCCAUAAUGUACCUUGUUAUUCAAAGUUUUGUGGAUCCAGUGUGUAGAAACGUUGUAUCAGGACAAAGUUUGAGAAGUAAGAUGAGAGCAAUGUGUGCAGUAUUGGUGAUAGCAGGAAGUAUUGCUGUUAAUGUGUUUAUGCAGUCAAUAUUUCUGCAAGUAUUUACACAUGGAAUAUUUGGAGGAAUUGGUGCCAGUGUUGUGGUAAUACAAGCAGAGGCUGUGCUCAGCUGCCACUUUCCUUCCCAAAGAGGUCUGAUACAGGUUUUAUGCACCCUAGGAGUAGCCUUAGGUCACUUUGGAAUGCCUUUAUUAAUAGAUGGUUUGAUUCAUCAUUAUGGUAUACAUGGAGCAUUUCUAAUACAUUCAGGAAUUAUUCUACAAGCAGUAGUUGGGGCUGCUCUUUUAUCUCCCCCACAAGACAAUACUUUGGAUGCAGUAUUCACAAACAGACCUCGUGCAUAUACAGUUGUUGAUGAUGUAGAGAUGAUUGAUUUUUCAUCACAGAUGAAUGGCCAUUCAGGUCACAGUCCAUUAUUAUCUGCUGACCGUUCAUGGAGAAAUCCAGGAGUCGAUUCAGAUGCUAGAUAUGAUGUUCCCCAAACCAGCAGUCCUGUAAUUACAUUGAGACAAAAAAAUAUAAAUGGUGUAGACAUUCUUCCCAAAAUUCCUGAAGAAUCUGAAGAGAGUUGUAGUGAAAGUGAUGUUUCUUACAAUAAUGUUAUGCACCAAGAAAUUAAAAGGAUUUCUAGUUAUGAGAAAAAUAAUUACAUAAGACCAAAAAAAUCUACAGAAACACGUGUAACUAUACACAAAGAAAGUAAACAAUUUAUUAAUAAUAAAUCACUUCAGAAAUGGAGAACAGUAAAUUUAAACUCUCAGUAUGGUGAUAAUGUAAAUAGAGAACUGCCAAAUUGUCAAGUCAGUGUUCGAAAUGUAAAUAAUGUGGGUUACUCUGAAGAAGAAAGAGAGGCUUCAUUUGAAACAUAUAAUGUCACUGUGAAUUUUCAAAGAUUUGAAUCCUCACCAAAUCAACGUGAGAGACUAUCUGUAUUUGAGAAUAUCAAAUAUAUACUACUUUGUGGUUGUUGUGAAAAAACAACUAUUUAUGACUUUUAUAUAGCUUUUUUAAAUUUGCCCAAUGACAUACAUUUUCAUAUGGUUGUGCCUUUAAUGAAUGCAAUUAAAGUACCUGAUUUUUUUCCAGCUGUAUAUUUUUAUACAGUUUUACGCUUAUGUCCAAUAGUAUUUACAUCAUUUACCCCUUAUCUCACAAAAAGAAGAGUUGUAACGAGUUCAUCUCAAGAAGGAGCCUUUACAAUUUCAGUAGCUGCUUUCUGUUGGCUCUGUUUUCUCUUGUUCUCACCUUGUUUUUUGAAGGCAAAAUUAGCCACAAAAAAGUUUAUUUAUUUCAUAGGUAGCAUGUUUCUGUCUUCAGGAUUAUACAUUAUGUCCAGCACAUGGAGUCAUGGCUACAUUGUUCUUGGAAGUGCUUUUUUUGGAUUGGGAUAUGGAGCAACAUCAGCCACAGUGGCAUGUAUACUUGAGGGAGAUAUGGGCACAAAGAAUUUUGUUAAAAUUCAAGGACCACUUGAUGUUGUUUCUGGCUGUACUAUUCUGCUGACAUCUGUAUUACUUGGUGUCUUAAUACAAAAUGAAAAUGGACUUUUUGAUUGUUUCUUUACUUUAUCAGUAUUACAAAUGGCAACAAUCAUUGUGUGGAUUAUUUCAAUGCUUAAAGUAUUGCUUCAGCAACUAAGACAUAUUGCAAAUUCUGAUUGGCAUUCUGGAGCUGAUUUCAUGACACCUGGUUGAUUACAUUAUUUCAUAAUCAUCUGACUAAUUCAGUAACCCAAAAUGUUUGAAUUUAACACCCCAUAUUAUUUAUAUUACAUCAGGAAAUUACAAUCAAUUACCAGUUUUGUGCUCAAACAUUGGACAAAAUAUAUUGGAUUUCUAUUAUAUGUAUUGAUUGGUAAUAUUAAUUAUUGAUAAUCCAUGUAUGGUAAAGACUAUUUCUUCAAUUUGAAAGAUAUUAAAUCUCUGUUCUGUAUCUUUUC